AUGACCAGGGACACUGUUCCUGCAGUGGCUGAUGCUCCAGCUCCAGUUCCUGUUGCUGCUGACGUUCUAGUCCCAAUUCCUGUCGUCCUUGAGGCUCAACUCCCUGCUCCUAUCAUCCUUGAGGUUCCAGACCCUUUUUUUGCCCCUAGAAUUGCUGCUGAGGCCUCAGUCCCUGCCUCAGUCACUCAUAGGCUCCUUUUUCUGUUUCCAAGCCUGUUACUCAGCCUGUUCCUCAGACUGUUCCUGAGCCUGUUCCCAUUCCUGAGCCUCUUCAGAAAAAUGUUCCAUCCUCCAGAUGUGGAAGAUCUCCAGCUCCUGCAGGCGUGUCACCUGGGUUUCCAGUUCCUGCAGGCCUAUCACCUGGGUCUACAGCUCCUUAUUUGUUGCCAAGCCGCCAAAGUGGAGAGUGUGAUUGCAGAGGGGGGUGCUUCUCGUUUCAGUGCUUCUUCGGGCGGAGGAGGAGGUAGGGGUGCACCUCAGCACUAUCCCAAGACUGUUGGCAACAGCGAGUUCCUGGGGAAACCCCCAGGGCCUAGCGUUCAGAGAUGGGUUCCUUCACGAAGCACUAGACGAGAUGUCAGCUCCUCCAACGAAAAAGAACGACAUGAUGCAAUCUUCAGGAAAGUGAGAGGCAUACUUAAUAAACUGACCCCUGAGAAAUUUGACAAGCUAUGCCUUGAGCUCCUGAAUGUGGGCGUAGAUUCAAAACUCGUCCUAAAAGGAAUUAUCUUGCUGAUUGUAGACAAAGCACUCGAAGAGCCCAAGUAUAGCUCACUAUAUGCUCAGCUAUGCCUGCGUUUGGCAGAGGAUGCACCAAACUUUGAUAGCCAGUCAGGAGAUAUUCAAACAUCACAAAAGCAGAGCACCACAUUCAGGAGACUUCUGAUAUCUAAACUUCAAGAUGAAUUUGAAAACCGCACCAAAAAUGUUGAGGUCUAUGACAAACAGGACAGCCCUCUUACCUCUGAGGAGGAGGAGCAGCGUGCUAUUGCAAAGAUCAAGAUGUUGGGCAACAUUAAAUUCAUUGGGGAGCUUGGCAAGCUUGACCUUAUCCACGAAUCCAUCCUACAUAAAUGCAUCAAAACACUUCUGGAAAAGAAGAAGAGAGUCCAGCUUAAAGAUAUGGGGGAGGAUUUGGAGUGCCUCUGUCAGAUAAUGAGAACUGUUGGGCCCAGGCUUGACCAUGAAAAAGCUAAGUCUUUAAUGGAUCAAUACUUUGGGCGUAUGAGAUCCUUAAUGAACAACAAGGACUUGCCAGCAAGGAUUCGUUUCCUGUUGCAAGAUACCGUGGAGUUGCGGGAGAACAAUUGGGUGCCUCGCAAAGCCUUUAUUGAUAAUGGACCUAAGACGAUCAAUCAGAUUCGUCAGGAUGCUGUAAAGGAUUUGGGUGUUUUUAUUCCGGCAAUGACCCAUGGAAUGAGAACUGACUUUUUUCAGGAUAGCUCUUUUAUGCCCACAAGGAUUAAAAUCGACAGAGAAACUCUUGGGGGAUUAGCGGAUAUGUUUGGGCAGAUGCCGGGCAGUGGAAUUGGCACUGGUCCUGGGGUUAUUCAGGAUAGAUAUUCACCCACUCUGGGACGUCACCGCACAAAUCCACUUUUCAAUGGUCACAGUGGACACAUGGCUCCUGUUCCUCAGUCUCAGUUUGAGAUUGGGGGCAAGCCCUUCAUGAAAUCUAACCAGGGGCAGAACCCGCUGUUCCAGAAUCAGGCUCAUUCAUCUCAGCAGCAAACUCAGUCUAAGGACAUGCCACCACGUUUCAUUAAGAAAGGGUCGUUAAAUGCUGAUGAGAUCAGCUUGAGACCUGCUCAGUCUUUUAUUAUGAACAAAAACCAAGUGCCAAAGUUGCAGCCACAGAUUCCCACCAUGAUUCCUCCAAGCGCUCAGCCGCCGCGCACUCUGACCCCUCCCCUUGGACAGCCACCACAGCUUGGCCUCAAAACCAACCCUCCUCCAAUCCAGGAGAAGCCAGCUAAGACCAACAAAAAGCCUCCUCCAGCCAAGGAGGAGCUGCUAAAAAUGACUGAGACUAUUGUGAUGGAAUACCUGAAUACUAAAAACACCAAUGAGGCUGUGAAUAGGGUGAGGGAGAUGAAGGCCCCCAAACACUUCCUGCCUGAAAUGUUGAGCAAGAUCAUUGUGUGUUCACUCGACCGUUCGGAUGAGGACAAAGAGGACGUUAGCACUCUCAUCCACACACUCCGCACCGAAGGCCUGGUCACUGGGGAGAACUUCAUGCAGGCUUUCCUCAACGUUUUGGACCAGUGUCCUAAGAUCGAAGUGGACAUCCCGUUGGUGAAGUCUUACCUGGCGCAGUUUGCUGCCCGAGCGAUCAUUGCAGAGCUCGUGAGCGUGGCAGAGCUGGCAAACCCUCUUGAGAACGGCACCCAUUUCCCACUGUUUUUGCUCUGUCUGCAGCAGACGGCUAAACUGAAGGAUCGCGAAUGGCUGACUGACCUAAUCCAACAAAGCAAGAUCAACAUGCAGAAGAUGUUGCCUGAAAUAGACCAGAACAAAGACCGCAUGCUGGAGAUUUUGGAGGGGAAAGGCCUGAGCUUCUUAUUCCCUCUCAUGAAGCUGGAGAAAGAACUAUUGAAACAGAUCAAAGCAGAUCCCUCUCCCCAAGCCAUCUACAAGUGGAUUAAGGACAACAUUUCACUUAAACUCCACACCGACAAGGGUUUUGUGAACAUUUUGAUGACCAGCUUUUUGCAGUACAUUUUUCAUGAAGUGUUUACCGAUGAUGGAGAUGAACAGCUGUCGGCACCCUCGAAAGAACAGCUAGAUCAGGAGAAGCAGCUGCUACUUGCCUUCAAACCAGUGAUGCAAAAAUUUCUGCAUGAUCACAUGGACUUGCAAGUCAGUGCACUGUAUGCACUACAAGUCCACUGCAAUGCCAAGGCUUUUCCCAAAGGAAUGUUACUGCGCUACUUUGUCAACUUUUAUGAUAUGGAGAUCAUUGAAGAAGAGUCCUUCCUAGCCUGGAAAGAAGAUAUUACCCAAGAGUAUCCUGGUAAAGGAAAAGCAUUAUUCCAGGUGAAUCAGUGGCUUACCUGGUUAGAGACAGCGGAGGAGGAGGAGUCUGAGGAGGAAGCUGACUAAGAAACCAGCCAGAGGUUUAUGGUGAAAAGGUGUUAUCUAUGUACUUUCAUGGGGGGAGGAAGGGGAGUUAACCCCCUCUCCUCCUCCUUUUUUUGCAUUCAACCAUUCAAAUACUUAAUUUCUCAAUUAUGUUUUCUCCUGAGAAAAUAAGGAUAUCUUUAUUUCCCCUCCUUUUAUGGUUAUUGGUUUUAAGCAUGUACUGGUUUGCCAUCUGUUAAAUCAACGAGAGAAAUGGUAUUAGCAGCUUGAUAAAGACUGUUUUGGCUUUAAGACAAAUGUAUGUGAAGGUUUUUCUGUGCUUCUGUUCACCAUGAAGAAAAACUGUAGAAAUGCACUUUGCUCACUGUCAUGUUUGAGUUGUGGCAAUAUUUUCCUAUGACUGGUAAAUAAUUCUUGAUUGUAAUCACUUCUCAUUCAUUUGUUUCUACCUCUUGGUAGUGGGCUUAGAACUCUCGGUUAAAAUUAGUCCCUCCUCAAAUGAGAACUCUCAAAGCCUGCAUGGGUGCUUUAAGUCCGUAGUUAAACCAGUGGGUUUUCAUGCAGUGAUAUGAUUGUAAGACUCCAGUUUUUUUUUUCUUUUCUUCAAUGAUUAAUGGAAAGCCAUGCGGGAUAGAUGAAAUUAUGCAGCCUUUUUAAUUAUCAACCAUGUAUGUCCCUGCUAUUUACUUGUCGAACUUUGUGAUACUUGAAUUUUUUUCUUUACAACAUUUCAGGGAUUACUAAACAAGGCCCAUUCAGAUGCAACAACUUGUGAUCUAAGAAGGAUAAACAUUUUUAAAGAAAUUUUAAUUGGUGUAAUAAAUCUAAAAUGAGAUGGGUAUUUGGAUUUGACGUCAUAGACCACUCUGCUAACCAGAUGUUAGCAUUGUUUGCCAUAGUAAACGUGUGAAAGAUAUUUAUUGAAUUUACCAUGGAGCAGUUAAUGGAUUCACUGUUGACAGAGCAGUAACAUAAUGCCCUACAAUGGGAUACACAUGUACAAUGACUUACUAUUUAAAGUGUUACUAUGAAGUUCUGCAAGUGCUCAGAUUGUUCUGUGUGUACCACUGUUGCUUAAUUUUCAAUAAAGUUAA